AUGGCCUCGAACCUGCCCCUCUCCUCUAUCGUCUGGAUAUCCGCCUUUAGUAGCAUCAUCUUCGUCGGACAUGAGAUUGGAAGGCUCGUGGUAAUUCGACCUGCUUUCAGCUUCAGGCGUUUCAACCUGUCAAGUCGUGAGCGGCAGAUCCACGGCAUGCAUGAUGCUGAUCCGCUCUCAAUCACCGGUCGCACACAAGCAGCGUAG